AAGAGUGUUUAAGAAUAAUAAGGCUAAGAUUGUGUGGGACGUGCGAAUAUAGACUGACAAUCGGGUAUUGUGAAUUUAGACGAAUUAGAAAAGAGAACACCCAUGGCAUAUAUCGCAAUCCCAAGCAACUUCAGGAAGGAGGAACAUAGAAAGCUUGAGAAAUACUAAAGGGUCAAAGAAGAAAUAGAGAAGUAGUGGGGGUCUUGGUUUGAGUGGUGACAUUGGUCACCAGAAAGCAAACAAAAUUAAAAACCAUGUGUUUAUCAGUUUUUAUUUUACAAAAUAGUUUUUGUAAAAAAAUAAAAUAAAAUAAUCCAAACCAGGUGUUUUUUCCCUUCUACUUAUCAACUACUUGAUACACUGCAAUAAUUUGUCUCAGAAACUUCCUAACAUGUGUAGUGGUGUCACAAAAUGUUAAAAUGUUUGUGUGUUAAACACUUUUGUAAGGCACUGAAUGAGGCUGCGUUCUGAUGUUUAUUAUUCUGACGGGGCGUCACACCUUUUCUCACUGUUUCCAACCUACUAGUUUCUUGCAAUCUUGAAUCUGUUAAGCAACUCGCUCAGAGAAAGAGAAGUGAGAAGUUAUAUUCAGCACAGAGAACUACGGAAGGGAGAUGUUAAGGUCUGUUUUUACAUCCACACAAGAAGAAAACUAACAAUGGAAGUGGAUUACGUUGAAUACGAUGAUUACACUCCAAACAAUGAAACUACAAACGUCCUGCAACAAUCAGAGGGCUCUCAGUCCUCUCUGACUCUUGUUAUUGCCGUGGUCAACAUCUUCAUAUCGUUUCUUGGUCUGAUAGGGAACGCUUUAGUGGUGUGGAUCUGUGGGUGUAAAAUGAAAAGAACGGUCAUCACCACCUGGUACAUCAGCCUGGCUCUUUCCGACUUGUUUUUUUGUAUCUUUUUGCCCUUUAACAUUUUUUACAUGCUGACCUCAAACUGGCCUUUUGGGCAGGUUUUGUGCAAGUUCACCUCCUCUGCUUUGUUUCUCAACAUGUACAGUAGUGUGUUUCUGUUGGUCUUAAUCAGCGCUGACCGUUGUGUCCUUGUUUUGUUUCCUGUGUGGGCAAACAACCACCGAACGGUGCACAAAGCAUACGGAGCCGUCGCCAUGAUGUGGCUUCUCGCUGGACUCCUAACACUUCCUGCAGCAAUUUUUAGAACCACCGCAGUCCAAGAAUCCAUCACCAAGUGCCAGUUGAAUUACAACUCCACUUUCACACACGAGGCUGUGGUACUGGGUCGGUUCUUCUGUGGAUUUCUUGUUCCUUUCUUGAUUAUUGUACUCAGCUGCGUGGUGAUCGGUGUGAAGCUGAGGGGCUCAACCAUUCGAUCCAAAAGGCCUUAUAAAAUCAUGGUGGCACUCAUCCUGUCGUUUUUCUUCUGCUGGGUCCCCUACCACACUUUUGUCCUCAUGGAAAUGAACUUUAAGAAACACAGGCUAGAUGUUAUUGAGCCUGGACUAAAAGUGGGGGCCACCCUGGCAGCAGCUAAUGCCUUCAUCUCACCCAUUCUCUACGUGUUCAUCGGCAAUGACUUCAAGCGAACUCUGAAGCGCUCUGUGAUGUCAAGGUUUGAAGAGGCGAUGGCUGAGGAUAUCCGCACGACUGGGUUCAAUCACUCAAGAUCCAAAUCAAUGGAAAUAAUUCAAACUCUCACUAUUUCCUAAAAAAAAACCAUAUUGUAUUUUGAUCUUCUUUAAGUUGAUUUAAAUCUUUAGCUGUGAAAGACACAACACAUGUAUUUUUUAUUUAAACUUUUUGAUGGCUUUUAAUUGUUUUUGCUACCCUUUGUAACUGAAAAAAAUGCUGUGGUUGUAACUAAAUGAAUUAUCUACAAUAAACUGUUGUUCUAUGCAAUAAAAAGUAAGUAUUUUAUUAAAAUUCAAUGUGCACUCUAUUUAUUUAAUUUAUUUGCUCACAUACAUUGUUUUACUGAGACAAACCAAAGAACACACUGAAUAAACACUCAAAAUGUGUUUGUUAUUUAAUAGUCCUAAAUAAAAUAGGAUUUUAUUCUCCGAACAAAACGUGACUUAGUACUUGGUUGAGAAAGUUUAAAUGAUAGUGGUAAUUUUGUGUAGUUAAUCACCAGGAUUUACCCUAGAUGGAUGCCAAUUUCCACUGUUCCUACCCCUGUGGUGCUGUUACUGAAAGUUUUACUUAAAAAAAUAUCAAAUAUACUACUAAAACAAUUAAGCAUUCGCUCACUAGCUUGCUUUAGACCAAAGUAUAGCAGAAUAAUAUAAUGUAAAAUCCAUCAAAUGUGGACAAUAUAAAAGAGAUGAUAGUGCUGCUGUGUGGUUAGUAGUCACAAUGCAUAAUAAUGUUCCCCAAAUCAAAUUAAGCUUAGGGCCUCAGACAAAUGAAAAUUAUUAUGGUGGGUAAGAAUCAUAUUUCCAACUCCAAUGGCCCAGCUUUCAAUCAUACAGUCACUCAUAGGUUCAAAGAGACAAAUUGGGUCAAUAAGUAGUGCUUGUCAACCACUGAUUGUGUCAUCCAGGACACAUUACUGUGAAAUUGUAUCUCUGCUGCUCAGAUAUGGAACUGUUAGCAUGUCACGACUGUCAAACAGCAAGAGCCUUAAAUCAGAAGCUUGUUGAGAUUC